AUGCCGUUGGUUGCUCAACACCAGGCCGUCACUAGAAGUGCCACUCCCAUGAAAGUCGCUCUCAGCAACGCCCAGACAGAGUACGAGAAGCUUUCCGACCCAGCCACCGCACAGGCGACGGCGCUGCCGCUUCAGGCGGCUCGUCUGAAUGGGUUGCUCAAGAACCUGGCCAACGCCGAGGGUGCUGUCGCGGAGAGCCUGCGCACCCGAAAGGAGAUGAUCAGAAGCCUAGAGAAGCUUUUGGCCGAGAACCAGAACGCUCUCCAGCAGGAGGAGGCUCAGAUGAAGCUGCUCAGCGGCCGCAGGACUGAGAUUGAGCACAAGAAGAACCAGGUCGAGGCAACCAUCCUUGGCGGCCAGGUCACCAAACAGGAGGAUAGAACCUCUACCGAGCCCGAGCCUCCUCAGUUUGAGGCACUGACGCCACCUCCCCAGAGCGAUGCCGACGACGAGCACGUUCAGAGCGACCCUAUCAAAACCGAGCAGAAUGGCAACAAUGGUGUGCCUCAGCAGACCCCCACAUUCCCAGUAGUUGCCCCGGGGAUUGAGAUGCUGUCUAGCGUUGCUGCAAACUACCAAGCUGUGCCUAUCAACGGGUCUAAUAAGAAGCGCAAGGUAGCGCCGUCGGAUGACUUCCCGGAUCUUGGAAACGAUGGCAUUGACGAGGAUGUUAAGGAGAUGUUGCGGAAUGAUGGUCAGAGUGCCUGA